AUGCCAUCAACACAACCAACACCUACAAACUCAGCUAAUCUUAGAUAUAGAACCCCUUUACAACAACUUGUGACAUUGGCUAAAACACAACAGUUUUAUUGGUUCCUUGGCCAUGUUUUCGCAGUGUUGUUUUUCAUUCUCAGCACCCUUACAGGGUUUUGGAAUCGUCAUUCUUCUUUGAAAUACUACCGAUUUGCAUUGUUAUCAAUUAUAUUGACGUAUUUGAUUGUUAUUAGACAAAUCCAUUUUAAAUCAAAUUUCAAACUUUCAAGUAUCAAUAUCAGAUUAUUGCGUGAUGAAAACGUACAGUACUUGCUAUUGGCCGUUGUAUUUUAUGUGUCGAGUUUUAUUAUUGGCCAAACAGGGUCUAGUUUAUAUUCAUUUACCAUUUUUGCUGUGUUUCAUGUGUUGACUUAUUUCCAGAAUCAUUUGUUGUCAGUGUUUAUUGGAGACAUUGCCACACAAAGCAGAAUCAGCUCGAUGAUUUCAAGUUUUACAAACAAAUUCAACCAACCAGCAUUAAUUGCUGCGUCCAGUGCAGAAAUUGUGUUGUUAGUUGUUUCUGGAUUCCAAUUAAUUCCAAGUGCAUUGUUGUUAUUGUUUAGACGUAACAUAGUUGAAGUCACAGUACAAGUAUUGGUGUUUGUGGCCAUUGUUGUGUUUAACAAAUUAAGAUUUGAUUCCAAUCAAUACACAAAAGUGGUGGUUGAACAAAUGGAUUUGAAAUUGAAUCAAACUCUUGCUCAAAUCAAUUAUCCACAAUUGUCACAAUUGUAUCAGAAUGCUCGAUCUGGUGCAUUGAAAUACCUUUCGUUGAUCAAAUUACCCAAAGAAAGUGGUAAAAAGAAGUAA